UCAAGGAUUCAAAUGUGUGCUUGAUCAGUGAUAUUUGAGAUAUACAUCGUGAUAAAGCUAGUUUUUAUAUGUAAAAAUAGAUAAAUUGAAUAUUAAUUUGCUAAAAUGUCUUUUGGUACGGGUUUUGGAGCAACACCCGCUACACAAUCAAGUAGUUUUAGUUUUGGAACUCCAAGUUCAACAGCAGCAGCUUCAGUAAGACCUACUGGAUUUGGAACAUCAUCAUUUAACUUUAAUGCACCAGCAUCAACUGGUCCAUCGUUAUUUGGAACUCCUGCGACUCAAUCGACAGGAUUCGGUACAUCAACAGGUUUCGGUGCACCAGCAGCUACAGGAUUCGGUGCUCCAACAACUUCUACAAAUACUUUUACUAAUACUGGCACAUCAUUUGGAUUUGGAACAGCAUCUGCACCAUCAUCAAGCUUUGGAACAACGUCAACACCUUCGACAGGAUUUGGAACACUGGGAGCACCAACAACAAGUUCAAUUGGAUUUGGAAGUUUUGGUGGAUUUGGAGCGACGACUACUUCAGCUCCCGGUUUAUUUGGAAGUUUCAAUACUCCAAGCACAGCAUCUACAGGUUUUGGUAAUACUACUUUUGGAGGUUUUGGUGCUAAACCAGCUACAACAACUACUACUGGUUUUGGAGGUUUUGGUACUGGACUUGGUACAAGUACUGGUUUUGGAGGAUUUGGUGGAGGAUUAUCUCAACCUCAGCAACAGCAGCAACAACAACAGCAGCAGCAACAAUCUGCUAGUACAAUAUCAGAAGCAUUAUAUAAUGCUGUAUUCAACUGUCAAUUAUUUAAUGAUGAAAGAGAUAACACUAUAGCACGAUGGAAUUUAAUUCAAGCUUUAUGGGGAACGGGAAAAGCUUAUUAUUCUGCUAAUGCUCCACCAAUUGAACUUACUCAAGAAAAUCCUUUGUGUAGAUUCAAAGCUAUUGGCUACAGUUGUAUGCCGAGUACAGAAAACAAUGAUGGUUUAGUUGUAUUGUGUUUUAAUAAAAAAGAUCAAGAACUUAAAGAUGGAAAACAACAACUAAUCACAUCUUUAAAUACUAUUCUUGGUAAUAAACCCAACUUGACCAUUACCAUUGAUAAUAUAAAAUCAACUAGUGAAGCAAAAAGUCAAGCAACAAUAUAUGUAUCAGAAAAAGGAGUUACAGGUUCUGUAAGAAAAAUUCCUGCUAAUGAACUUGUUGCUUAUUUUUCACAAGCAAUGCAAAAACAACAACUUACACAAAUGGGUGUUGAAAAUCUUUUUUCAUUAGUAAAAUUAGAUCCAGCACAACUCAAAGAAUAUCUUGAUAAUCCACCAUGUUCUAUUGAUCCAAGAUUAUGGAAACAAGCACAAUUAGACAAUCCUAAUCCUGAAACCUAUAUUCCAGUGCCAAUGAUAGGUUUUCAACAGGUUAAAUAUCGAUUGAAAUGUCAAGAAGAAGAAACUGCCAAACAUCGUGCGUUUUUAGAUAUAGCUGCAGAAAAGAUUCAAGGAUUACAAAGACAACACACUGCAACACAAGCUAAACUUAAAGAACACAGAAGAACAUUAUUAGAAUUACAGCAUCGAGUACUUCAGGUAUUAGUUCGUCAAGAAAUUACUAGAAAAGUAGGACUGUCACUUCAACCAGAAGAAGAAGUAUUAACAAACAGAUUUGAAGCGAUGCAUUCACAAAUCAGUGCGCCUACGCAAUUUAAAGGUAGAAUUAGUGAAAUGUUAUCGCAAUUAAGAAUGAGAAGGCAUGUAGAUGUGCAAAAUCAGGAAAGGUAUUCCAUGGAUCCUAUUGCUCAAGACGAUAUAAAAACAUAUUUGAGUCUUGAACAACAAGGAAUGACACAACUUAUCGAAACAAUAAAUUCAGACAUGGAAAGUUUACAGAUAAUUAAAGAUGGCAUGGCAGAUCUUUUAAGUGGACAUGUGGCAUCUUGACAAUCUGCUAAGGAAGUGUUUAAUAUAAGUAUUUUGUAUAAGAUCAUUGAUUAAUUAUUAUGUUAAACACAAGUUUAUAAUAUUUAUAA